GUGCUUUCUGAUUCCUUUUGGGAUAAAGUUCACAACGUCGUUUCCUUCCUGCAUCCGAUGUACAAGGUCCUACGAGCCGUAGAUAAUGAGAUGUGGCCUUCGAUGGGGUCGAUGUAUGAGCUUGUGAGAAUUAUGAGAGAGGGGAUAAUGACUGCAAUCCCCACUUCGUAUCAGUGGGUGAUCAAUAUCAUCGAUCGUCGAUGGACUGGGACUAUCGAGCAUCCACUCCACCAAGCUGCAUACUAUCUGAAUCCCAAAUUUCAUUAUAAACGUCGGCUCCAUGAGAAUCGAGAUUUGACGAUGGCCGUUCACGAGGCGUUCGAACGAUUGUUCCCAGAAUCAACAGCGCAAGCAGAUUUCGGUAACCAGUUAUUGCGGUUUAGGGAUGCGAGGGGUACGUUCUCAUCCAUACUAGCAAAAGCAUUGAUUGAAACGAUGAUGUCGUGUGAGUAUGGUAACAUAAUUAGGUAAUUGCAUUUUUCGUUUAAACUUCAAACUAAAACAAGUUCCUCAUGGAUAUAUAGGUGAGUGGUGGGCGAUGUACGGAGUCGACACGCUCACACUGCAGUUAUUGGCAGUCCGUGUUCUCGCACAGACUGUAUCCUCACCUUGUGAGAGGAAUUGGAGCACAUGGUCACUCAUACACACCAGCAAGAGGAACAGAUUGGCAUAUGAGAAGUUGCAAAAGCUCGUUUACUGCCAUUAUAAUAUGAAGUUAAGAGAGAGACAGUUGCGGAUAGACCGAGACAUGGAGGAAAAUCAAGACCCGUUAGACCUGUUGUGUAUAGGUAACAUGGCACAGAUAGGUGAUGAUGAUGAUGACCCACUUUAUGAGUGGGUCAAAUCAGUUGAUUUAAAUGAUGCGGAGGGAGGCCCUGCUCCAUAGGUAGCUGAGGGAGCAGCGGCUCUGGGUAUCGAUGUCGAUCAGGUAGUAGAGGAAUAGAAGGUGGACACAGACUCCUUUGAUCCUUUGGUGAGGAGUUCGGCACAUUCCAAAAAGGGUGAGGAAGCAUCUUCACGGCCCCCUCCUCAUCAUCAAGUCGUAGUGAGUGAUGAUGAUGAUGAGACUCAACCCCCACUUGACACUGGUCCUGGGGACGACGACGACGACGACGACGGUGAUGAGGGAGGGGACAG